AUGCCGCGUCCGCGCCGGCCGCCUGGUGCUGGCUCGGCGUUUACUACUCUCGCCCUCCUCCUCCUCGCCGGACUUGUGGUCGCUCAGCAGCAGCAGCCACUUGAAAAUGACGUGCACAAGACGUCCCCCCGCGCCCAAGUCCAUGUUGAGCAUGCACGAAUCAUUCCACCACCACCACCGCCACCCCCCGUCCACAACCAACGGAGAACUAGCCAGAAGGAUAAGCUAGGGGACGUGGCCGAGAAGCGUCGACCCUACACGCCCCUUCUAAGCCAGAAUGUGCGCGCCAUAGCAACCAAAGUUCCUUCUGCUCCAGCCAUUAGUGCUGUCGGAGCCCAUCCUGUCAGAUAUGCAGCCUCGGGAGGCCUCGUUCCCGGUGCGCGCUCUCUGCGGGAUUGGGAGGUUGAGGACUUUGUUCUCUUGGCGACCGUCGAUGGCCAUAUACAUGCACGCGAUCGCUACGAUGGCAAUGAGAUUUGGGAGCUGACGGGCCGACCCAUGUUGGAAACCAUCUACAACGUAUCCGAGGGCGACGUCGGUCCCCCACCUUUUGUAUGGGUGGUUGAGCCCAGAGAAGACGGAGCUCUCUAUCUUCUCUCGCCUGGGCCCCACCCACAUCUCCAGCAUCUGGGCGUCACGGUCAAGCAAUUGGCUGAGAGUGCACCCUACUCGAGCGAUGAUCCGGAGCUUCCGGUUGUCUACAAUGUGGAGAAGAAGACUUUUAUGAUUCUUGUCGAUGCCGCGUCGGGCAAGGUCAAGCAGAGCUUCAGCCCCGGUGGCACCUUCCCCAACGACGACAGUUGCGCUCCGGAGUCCAAGAACUUCUUUGCCCGAGAACGCGACUGUCGCGGCGUCAUCGACAUUGGUCAGACCCAGUACAUCAUCACCAUCCACAACAAGAAGACGAACGAGCACAUCUGUACGCUCAAAUACGCAGAGUGGAACCCCAACAGCAGAGACAGGGACCUGCAGUCACAGUACGACCAGACGCUCGACAAACAGUACAUUUUCACAAAGGCUGAUGGAGCGGUUUCCGCCUAUGACUACAAGCGGCCCAGAUCGGCCCAGGGGCGUCCAGUUUAUACACAUCAGCUGCCCGGUCCAGUGGCACGUGUAUUCGACGUCGCCCGGCCUUUGAACGACCUGUCUUCAGAACCACCACUGGUUCUACUGCCCCAACCAACCGGACCAGUCCUCCACGAAGACAGACUUAACUACGUCGUCAUCAAUCAGACUGAGUCUGGAGCGUGGUAUGCUUUGUCCGAAGCUAAUUACCCCGCCGUCACCUCUGAUGUGCCAGACGCACCUUGCUACAAGCAGAGCGAGGUAGUAUACGACUGGGAUGCUACCUACACUUUGCCGGAUAAGAGCAGCCUCAUUGGUGUUCACAGAUUGGACUAUAGGGUUCCCACUCAAUAUACACAGCUGCCAGCCAUUCCCGCUCCGACCCUCUUCCCCCAUUUCACUCUUCCCCCACCUGAGAGCGAGAAGAAGGAAGAAAAGGUUUCGAGAGUACCUGAUGCGGAAGACGUUACCGAGAAGGCAGCCGUGGAAACCCCAGAGACUGAAGUGAAGGUUGCCAUUACGGAGGAAGUCAAGGAGAAGAAAAUGGUUACCUUUGACAUACCGGCUGAUGAAGAGGAAGACCUGACGCCACUUUCAAGGACAACGACUGUCGAUGUCGACUUGGAAACUGCCAUUGAGACUACUACACCCGAAGUGCAGCUCAGCGGUGAUGCUCAAUCAAUGGCUAACAGUAUCGAUGACGUUUCCCAAGACCCCGCAGCCCCUGCCACUCCCAAGAAGAAGAAGACUCACAGAGGCAGACGCGGUGGACGCAAGCUGAGCAAGAACCAGCAAAAGGAGGAGGACGAAGUCAACCGUAUCGUGAAUGCUGCUAAGCAGCUGGAAGUUGGUCCUCGCCUUCAGCCUGACGAGCUCACUGUGAGCGGCGGCGAUGUGCAAAAUGUGUCCGAGAUCAAACGUAUUGGCAAGUUGACCAUCGACCAAGAUCGACUUCUUGGAAACGGAAGCGGUGGUACAUUCGUGUUUGAGGGCAAAUGGAAGGAGGUCAAGGUGGCUGUCAAACGCAUGCUACCACAAUACUUCGGCCUUGCGGAGCAAGAGGUCAAGCUUCUUCAGAACAGCGAUCCCCACCCUAACGUCAUCCGGUACUUUGACGACGAGAGGGACGAGAACUUUCUCUACAUCGCGGUCGAGCUUUGCCAAGCCAGUCUCUUCGACCUCUACAAGGACGGACGGCCAUGUGAAGAACUCAGCGAGGCACACCAGCAAUUGGUCAACAAGAUUAGCGGCAAAGCUGCGCCUUGUUUGUAUCAACUCGCUGCUGGUCUCAACCAUCUCCACCACCUUCGCAUCAUUCACCGCGACAUCAAGCCCCAGAACAUUCUCAUUGCACAGCCUCUGAUCACCUCAAAGGAUGACGUACGCCUGGUGAUCUCCGACUUCGGGCUCUGUAAGACUCUUCCCGACAACGUUAGUACUCUUGUCGGAACGACGGGAAAUGCGGGCACCGUUGGAUGGAAAGCCCCCGAGCUCAUUUCGCAACCCAAGGAACUGGCCAACGGAAGCUCUCAAGGCUUCUCCCGCGAUUCGUCAAGUUCGACCGAUCCAGUUGCACAGGGCGUCAAGCGAGCUGUGGACAUCUUCUCCCUCGGCUGCGUCUUCUACUACGUUCUGACCGGUGGCUGCCACCCCUUCGAUGACGAGGAGGGCUGGAUGCAAAUCCGCGAAUACAACAUCAAAAAGGAGAAGUCCAAUCUCGAUCGUCUCCUCCUCGGCGCUGACUCGGUUGAACCCCACCACCUCAUCCAGUGGAUGUUGAGACCCCGGCCAGAAGACCGUCCCACAGCCUUCCAAGUCAUGAACCAUCCUUUUUUCUGGGACGACCAAAAGCGCCUCGACUUCCUCUGUGACUGCUCCGACCACUGGGAGCGCGAACCCAGAGACCCGCCGUCGGAUCACCUCGCUCGGCUUGAAGAGUACUCUCAUGACGUUCUCGAUCAUAAGCGCAACUUCUUGGGAAAGCUCGAUCAAGCCUUUAUCAACUCGCUCGGUAAGCAGCGCAAGUACACGGGUGACAAGAUGCUCGAUCUGCUCCGUGCGCUGCGUAAUAAAAAGAACCAUUACGAGGAUAUGGAGGAUACGGUCAAGGCAAAGGUGGGACCGCUGCCGGGGGGUUACCUCAGGUACUGGACGAUCAAAUUUCCGCAGCUGCUCAUGAGCUGUUACGAGGCGGUGUUGGCAUGUGAUUUAGACCGGGAGCCGAGAUUUAGGAAGUAUUUUGAGAGUAUGAAGUGAGAGUGGGAGUAGGGAGAGCGGUCGUUGGUGAGGGUGGAAUCAUUGCUAGCGAAGACUUUGAGGUAUUAGGUAGAUAUCAGGAGCUUGACGAGAUUGAUUAUCUCAACACUGCUGUUUGUUAUCACUUAUACAAAUACAUUCUUUUGUGAGAC